AUGAACCCGAAGCUUUUCACCUGGAUAUUCAUCGGGUCUGAUAUUGGAUCCAUUGUUUUGCAAGCAGCUGGUGGAGGCGUGGUCAAUGCAGCCGGGACUGACCAGGCCAUGGUUGAGAAGGGAAAUAAUAUCAUUAUUGCUGGAAUUGUCUUUCAGGUUGCCACAAUGUCGGAGUGUGGAGUAAUGGCGUUGGAGUUCUUCAUUGCGUCCAGGAAGAAUCUGCGCGAAGGCUUCCAGGGAGAAGCUGGGACUGAGAAGCUACAACAAAGAAUAUGGUUUCCUGAGAUGGCGGGUGGAUGGGGGAACGACUUGAUGCAGAACCAAAUGGAGUUCUUAGCCUCUGGAAACCUCGGUCCCACCGUUCUCUCUGAAUUGUUGGAUGCUGGACUCACUGUCACAGUCCUUACCAGACAAAACAGCAACAAGACCUUUGACCCCAGAGCUCAAGUCGAGAAAGUCGACUAUGAGUCUCGCAAAUCCCUCAAGGCUGCGUUAGCUGGCAAUGAGGUAGUGGUUAACACUCUUGCGUUUCCUCCCAACGCCGCGAAACUCCCAAUCUUCGCUGAUAAGAUUGCUGUUCAGGAGCACCUCAUGGAAGUUUCCCAGCAGUCUGGUCUCGGUUAUUCCAUCCUUAUCAAUGGGCCUUUCCUCGACUGGGGCUUGAAGAUAGGGUUCCUCCUUGAUUACUACACUCUACGACGGUGGCGAGCGAAAGUUCAGUACUCCAACCCUUAG